UCUCUCUCUCUCUCGCUCUUUGUCAGAGGCAGCGGUAAAAAAAUUGCCGUAUAUACUACGCAUCCCCUCGUGCGUACAAGUUGUGAUUUUGCAGAUUCACCGUAUUAUUGUCGUUCGUCUUCUUCUUCUUUUUUUUCAAACGUUACGAAGUUGUGUGUGUGCGUGUGUUAGUGUGCGUACCCUCGCUGUGGGGGAAGCAAAAAUAAAAUAGAAGAAGAGCGAAUCGUUCUUCUUGCGAAAAGUUUUGUGUCGAGUUUUAGUUAUUUUCGUGAAAUCCGCAUAGAUACGUUACUCUUUUCGAGUCCAGAAGAAUUUUCCACACGCUGGUAGCGCGUUGCAUACUUACGACACUCAUGGAUACACCAAAAACGUUGAAAGGUUGAGAGAGAUUACCUUCCUCGGUAAUGCCGAAAAUGACUUGGCGCGAUCGAGCAGAGCGACAACGAAGGGACGACUCCUCGGAGUGAAAAUUCGUUAAAUAUCAUUGAAGUUUUCAACGCACACAUAGAAAAACAGAGAGAGAGAAGAGAUCACUGGUGAUAAAUAAGUCAAGGACCAAAGUUUCAAAAUGAGCUCGACGACGGACGCGUCGACGGGUGCUUGCGGUGGCGAGGAGUCCACGACGACCAAUCGAGGACUGAGCGUCCAGCGAAAGGUCGUCGAGGCCAGCUUGCUAUCGCUCAAGUGCCUGCUGUUUUUCUUCUUCGGAGGCCUAGGAUGUCUACUGCCGUUUCUGCCUCUUCACAUGCUCGCCGUGGGCCUGGACCCUCGCGAGAUACGCACCAUCUCGAUGAUCGCCCCGACGGUGGCUGUGCUCGGCCCACUGAUCGCCGGCCCUCUGGCCGACCGAGUGGCCGCGGCGACGCGUCGAGCCAGCGGCAGUCCGCCCUCGGCGGUCAUCGUCGGCAACGUCGAGUCGUCACUGCGUCGUCGUGCUCGUGGCGCUGGCGACGACCAGAGCGGACGCUACCUGCGCGUCAUGAUCGCCUGCUGCUGCGUGUUCUCCGCCCUGUUCUACUCGCUGCUGCUCACCGUGCCGAGCGUCCAGAGGAUCGUGCUGCCCGCCGAGCAGCGGCCCGGCGUCAAGUUCAGCUGCGACGCCCGGGGCGCCGUCGUACACCAGGAGCGCUGCCGCAACGACCAGCAGCUCGGCUGCCAUCGCUGGUCCAACGACGAGGACGACGCCUCGUUUCAAGCGGUGGGCCGUCUGCGACUCAAGCAGUGCGAGUACGCCUGCUAUCCGCCGGACGAGCGUCGUCGCAGGGGCAAGUUUCCGCCGGCGCAGGCCGAUCACGUGGGUCUCGAUCACGAGUACGAGCAUCCGAGCGUGAGCGCCGACGUGCUGCAGGACGAGGGCUUCCGUCAGAGGCCCAUCAAGGACGACGACGAGUUCAACGUCAUACCCCUGGAGACGACGCCGAAUCCGCGUUACACCGUCGCGGAGAAGAGAGCGUCUUCUCGUAGAUCCAAGCGCCACGUGGUCAAAGAUGCUCCGCAGGUCUGCUACAAGGAUAAGCGGAACAAUCGCUCGGUCUGCCACGUGUUCACGGACUCGAAGAAGAGUCUGCUGGUCGACGCGACGUUGCGCCAGGCCACGAAUCCCGAGGACACGGAGGACUGGUGCGUCUAUCCGGUGGCGCAACACUUCGACUGCACCGUGCCGCAGGCCUACGAGAUCGCCGCCAGGUCGGCCAAUCAGAGCUGCGUGGUCGAGUGCAGCAUCGACAAUCCCUACGACACCGAGUACGGUGAAACGAGCGUACUGUCGGAGAGCCAGUGCGGCCAGGUGAUCGGCAACGAGCAGCUCACCUUCUGGAUGUAUCUGGCCAUCAGGUCUCUGGCCGACAUCUUCCCCAUGGCGGGGCUCACCCUCGUCCAGGCCGCGGUGGUCCUGGCGACGCGCGAGACCGCCUGCGGCCGGGGCGACGUCGGCCGUCAGCUGGCCUUCGGCUCGGCGGGUUUCGCCGUCUUCGGCGCCCUCGCGGGCUACCUGGCCAGUCUCACGGGUACCGGCAGCUCGAUGGCCUAUUACGCGCCGCUGACGCUGCACGGACUGCUGGCGACGAUCGCGGCCUGCGUCGCACUGAGCGCCGACAGCAUGCCCCUGGCGCCGCCCGACUGGUGGUGGCACACGCGCGGCGGCUGCGGCGGCGCCGGCGGUGUUCUGCCGAUGAGCAACGUGCGAAGAUACGGCGGAGAGGCCGCCGCACUGUUCGUCGUGCUGCUCCUGGCUGGUACGCUCUGGAGCACCAUCGAUAUGUAUUUGCCGAUACACUUGUUGCAUCUGAGGAGUAACGAGCUUACGAUUGGCAUUGCCAUGACAGUGGGUGCCGUACCGGCUAUUCUUUUCCUCUGGAAGUCCGAGCGUCUCGUUGACUACUGCGGACACAGUAAUCUACUCAUUAUAGCUUUUGUUUUUUACAUUGUAAGAUUUACAGGAUUGAGUUUAGUGACUGAUAUAUGGUGGACUCUACUGGUUGAAUCCCUGGAGCUCUUUACCCUUAGCAUACUCUGGGUUACGGCUAUGCUUUACUUCCGUCAUCUCAUACCCAGGCAAAUGACAACGAGCGGACAGGCUCUACCGGUCAUUGCUCACUUUUGCAUCGGUCGGGCUAUCGGCUCUAUAAUAAGUGCAUGCGUCGACAAAGUGAAUAGGGACGAUGAAGUCGUCGCAAUGCGCUACAUUUAUCAAUGCUUGGCCAUUGCGUCUGCCGUCAUCGCGACGCUGUACUUCGCCACGUAUCACGCUGUUCUGAAGCCCAGAUGCCAUCACGCUCAAUCCGCUCAGCAACAAAACGGACAACGAAAUCAUACGCCCAGUAUCGUUCAAGCGAUGAACGGUAAUGGAAGCUACACACCCUUGAAAGUUUAUCACAAUGGUAGCAAUGGACGCAAAGGAAACUUCCGAUAUUGAGAAGAAUGAACACUAGAAGACCAGUAUACUGUAAUGCAUUUAUAAUGUAGUGACUUAUAUGUUAAUUUAUUUUUUAUAAACCGAAUGAGAAAUAUAAUUCGUGCUUUUACUAUGUAUGACCAGAUAUACAAAUUUUUAUUAUUUGAAUCAAUAAGAUAUGAUUAGU